AUGCUCACCCUUCGAUCCCCGUCAGACACCGUACGCGGAUUCCCAGUUUCGAAACGCGAUAUGAUACGUCAACCAUCAGCGGAGGAUCUCGAUGCUGCACACCAGCUGGUAUCGUCUGCGCGUGGAGUAGCGGAUUUCAGACCUGACAACUUUGACGGCAGUCGGUCGACCGACGGAGAUAAGGUGAAUCUCGGGGCAGCCAUGGACGGAUUUCAGGACGAGUACGCCGCUGCUUCGAGGGAGCAGAACCAGAACGAGCAGCAGCAGCAGCAGCAACAACAUAAUCAGCCCUCGGAACAGAAUCCAGUUCCAGAGAGCUCGAGUCGCUCAAGAGCGUCUCCCAAGGCCUCACGGAAUGCGGAAGUCUUUCUGGGUCAUCAGUGCGUGAACUGUGGAACGAAACGGACGCCUCUAUGGCGCAGGUCACCUUCCGGCUCAACCAUAUGCAACGCUUGCGGCCUGUAUCUCAAAGCCAGAAACACAGACAGACCUACAAACCGGAUCCGUGACUCUGGAGCAAACGCAGCUGGCGGAUACGCAAACAGCUCAACCUCAGACCCAAGAGCCUCUCCUACUGCGAGUGAUGCGUCUGGUGCUCAAAAUGCAGCCGGUUGCGGUUCUGCAGGCACCUGUCCCGGUGGUGGAAGUUGUAACGGAACUGGUGGUGCUGUAGGAUGCGAUGGCUGUCCAGCAUACAAUAAUCGCGUUUACAAGGCUGUUUCUCGAGCACCUCCCGUUCGUCAAACGAGACCGUCACCAUCCGCUCAGAUCAGUGAAGAGCAGGCUCAAAGUGGGCCGGAUGCUAUGGACAGCGCAACUCAGGAUGCCAGCGGAAUGCCAAAGGCUUGUCAAAACUGCGGUACCACUCUUACUCCGCUAUGGAGGCGAGAUGACCAAGGGAAUACUAUAUGUAAUGCUUGUGGUCUCUACUAUCGACUUCAUGGCAGCCAUCGACCUGUCGCUAUGAAAAAGACGGUCAUCAAAAGACGAAAACGAGUCGUCCCUGCCCUGAGGGAUCGUUCUCCAGGCGCUGGUUCUUCAGACAACUCUUCCGUCUCCCCAGAGUUACACUCUGCCAGUCUUUCUACCACCAACGCCGAUACCAACACCUACGCACGGUCCGAACAUGGACAUGCCUAUGAUGCAGCCCAAUACCCCCAUACUGCUCCUCCACCCAUUGAUUUCACAGGCUAUUAUAGCAAAUCAACAACUACUCUGCCUCCCUCUUCUUCUCUUCUGGCUGGCGAUCAUCGAAACCCCCCUGCGGACCUGACACAAUCACCCUCUGGAUUAACCACCCUGAUCAACCGCUCCCCCAACUCCAAGAAACGAACCCAUUCCGAGAGCACCUCCGCCGAAGCAGCGCCUCCAGCUACGCGCGUACAUUCCGACAUUCCUGCCUCAGCUCAUCUCCCUCCCAUCAACCCAGCCGGUGCUCGUGCUCUACCAAACUCAGGCCGUCUAAGUUCCAUCUCCUCUUUACUGAACCAUACAGAUCCUGGCUUUGCCGAAUCCCACGUCGACCCAGCUCUUGGCUCAAACACACCGGCCAGAUCCCAGGCACAGCCUCAACCGGGGCCUCGCUCUUAUUCUCCGAAUCCAGUGAAUCCCCCAACUACACAGGCGGCCCAUGGUAACCACUCUCUGCCCCCGCCGACUCUUGCCGCAACAAGUGAUGAUAACUUGAAAGCUGCGCGAAGGGCUCAGUUGCAGCGUGAAGCAGAGAAUAUGCGUGAGGCCUUGCGUGCUAAGGAGAGAGAGCUAGCUUCCUUGAAGUAA